UCAGUGGGUGCCGGCCAGGAAGGACGUGUAGCCAUGGUGUCCUCUGACCCUCUCCUCCUCUGUGUGCUGCUGACUCUCCUCACUGCCCUGACCCAUGGAGGCUACAUGAUCACGACCCCGCGACAAUGGGUCUCAGGAACACCGGCUAAGCUGUGUGUGGUCGUCGUCGACCCGGCGGCUCCAGCUGGUGAACUGAUGUUCGCGGUGACCAAUUAUGACUGGACCCAGCCAGAUGGAGACCGGAACGUUACCAUCAUUCCCAACACCACUAUUGACAUCCCAGCAGGAAAGACGGAGUUGUGCUAUGAGGUGGCGGUGCCAAUUAGAUCCUCAUUCUUCUCCGGCUCACUACACGUGUUUGGCAGUGUCGGUGGUGCCAAGAUCAACCGGACUGUUGGGCUUAGCCUGACGACCUACAGGAGCAAUACUUACAUCCAGACAGACAAGUACCUGUAUAAACCAGGCCAGAAUGUUAAGUUCAGACUCCUUUCUGUCACAGGAGUCUUCCUCAACGUCUCUACUGACCCGUACCCGGAGGUGUGGGUGGAGACGCCCGCCCGAACACGCAUCGCCCAGUGGAAGAACGUCAACAACACCGCCGGACUCCUCCAUCUCGACUUCGACCUCGCUGACGAGCCCGAGAAGGGACUUUACACCAUCUACGUGGAGACGCCGCACCGUGAACGCCAGAGUGUCACCUUCGAGGUGGAGGACUUUGUGCUGCCGCGCUUUGAGGUGACGGUGAAGCCUCCCAGUUACAUCCUGGCCUCUGACCAGACCUUCACCUUCACCGUGUGUGCCAAGUAUACCUUCGGACAAGCCGUCAAGGGCAACCUGUCACUAACUGUGGACAACAGCGAGAGCAAUGACUGCAGAGCCAAAGUCACCGAGAAUGUUACUAUCUCUGGGUGUAGAGAAGUGGAGUUAACAUCGGCACAGAUGAAGAUCAUCGACUGCAAUGUGUACAGUCUGAAGGCUUCAGCCGUGGUGACUGAGGAAGGUACAGGAGUUGAAAUUACACACGACGCCUCUGUCUCGAUCUCUCGUACUGCCAUCAAAUUUAAAACUAUUUACAAAGACACUUAUAUGAAGCCAAAUCUUCCUUACACCCUCAAGGUGAGAGCCGAUAAUCCAGAUGGUUCUCCAGCAGCUGGUAUCCCCGUGGAGGUGUGUGCAGCUGGUCGGUGCAACAUCAUGACCACAGCGCCAGAUGGUGUCUUCACAACAGUCUUACCUUCCUACAACACCAACAAGGUUUUAAUGCAAGCUCUGAACUGCCGGGCAAUGAUGAGUCAUUCACAAUUCUCAACGACCCUGGAACGCUACUUCUCUCCCUCGAACUCGUCCCUGUUGAUCCACGCCCCGGAGGGUCACCUCAGGUGUGUGCCUGGAGAAGCCCAGGACCACCUCCUGCCCGUCCUCUUCUCUGCCUCCGGUCACACCUCUGCCUUCAUCACUGUCCAGGUUGUGUCUCGCGGGAAGGUCCAGUACCAUAGCAGCCGGGAAUACCAGCUGACCAGCGGGGAGUUACCCAUCAGCGUGGAGCAUCUUGUGGAGCCUCUGCCCCCUCCUCUUCCCAACACCACCAGGGGAGUCAUCAACAUUAAUGUCAACCUUCCACCAACUGCAUCUCCCAAGGUCAUGGUGUUGGUGUGGUACACCCGUGAGGACGGAGAGGUUGUGGCUGACAUGAAGGAGCUGCAGGUGGACAAGUGCCUCGGUACACCAGUAAACCUCACCUGGUCCGCCUCUCGGGUACACCCCGGGCAACACGCCUCUCUCUCGCUCUCGUCUGAGCCAGACUCCGUGUGUAGCCUGGGUGUGGUAGACAGAAGCUCCGAGUUGCUGGCUGUAAAUCCCGACCCCAUCUCCCUGGAUGCUGUGUUCGACUUAGCUGGCGGUUAUGAGGUUGGACAAUAUCAGAACUCUCCGAUCAAUGACUUCGAAUAUUGUAGAAAAAAGAAAAAACAAACUUCAAUACAAACAACGCCUUUACCAGCACAUUAUCGCACCUGGUACUUCACCGACUUCGUGGAUGCCCUGAAGAUGUUUGCUACCACCGGCCUGCACGUCCUGACUGACCAGACUGUGGAAACUAGACCUUGCAGGGAAGUGCAUCACCAUUUCACUCCUCCGGAACCUCUUCCUUCUUUUCCGCCCAUUUUGUUUUUUGGACCCACCACAACUCCGGCCACGGGCUUCCGCGGACCCACCGCCAGUCUGGCCACCAGCCGGCCCCAACCCACCACUACUCCGUCGGCCACUGAGGCCAGUUUUAACACGGACAGUGAACAAUCAGCAGAUUCCCCAAGGACCAACUUCCCAGAGACCUGGCUCUGGAAUAUCGUCCUACUCCCGUCCUCAGGGGUGAGCAGCCAGAACCUGACUCUGCCGGAUACCAUAACACAGUGGGUGGGCAAGGCCGUGUGUACCCACCCACAGAAGGGUCUGGGACUUUCACAGAGGGAGUUCAUCACCGCUUUCACCCCCUUCUUCGUCGACCUCACCCUUCCCCCGACUGUCAAACGUGAAGAGAUCCUCCCCGUCAAGAUGUCUGUCUUCAACUAUCUCGCCCAACCAUUACCUGUGACUGUUGAGGUGAGAGAGAGCGCUGAAUACGAGAUCUUGGAGGAGGCGGGGGAGCAGGGCGAGCCUGGUCAGCGUAGUUCUUGUGUGCCAGCACAAGACAAGGUCGUCCACACGGUGAGGAUCAAGCCCCGCGAGAUCGGAGAGGUCAACAUCACGGUGGCAGCGUUCGUGAACCCUGAGCACUCUCAGCCCUGCGGCUCUGGGGACUCCUCCAUUAACAGAAGAGACUCUUUGAUAAAGCCCAUCACGGUGGAGGCUGAAGGAUUCCUGAGAGAGAAGACCUGGACUAAAUACAUCUGCUCAGACGACUUAGAGACGGGAGAGGACUCGCUAGAGUCGUGGGAGCUGGUGACCCCAGCACUCAUCGUGGAGGGGUCAGAGCGAGCCUGGGUCACGGCCGUCGGGGACCUCCUUGCUCUCUCACUGGAGAAUUUAGGGAGCCUGAUCCGGAUGCCAUACGGGUGUGGGGAGCAGAACAUGGUCAACUUUGUGCCCAACAUCUUCAUCAUGCAGUACCUGAAGGCUUCCAACCAGACAACUCCGGAGACUACCAACAAACUUCUCACCUUUAUGAAGACAGGGUACCAACGGGAGCUGCUCUACCGCAGACACGACGGCUCCUUCAGCGCCUUCGGCAAAUCUGACGACUCUGGCUCCACCUGGCUGACGGCCUUCGUCCUCAAGUCUUUCGGCAAGGCCCAACAGUUUAUUCCGAUUGACGAGAAUGAUUUGAAGAGAACCAGUACUUGGCUUCAGUCACAACAGAGGGAAGACGGUUGCUUCAACAGCGUUGGUAAGGUGUUCCACAAGGCCAUGAAGGGUGGAAUUGAGGGAAGCGACUCUCCUGUACCUCUGACAGCCUACGUGAUGAUCGCCCUCCUGGAGGCCAGUGACGAGUCCUGUACUGCCUCGUCAUGUCUGGCAGCCCAGUGCCUGAGGGCGGACACCUCCCACGACCCCUACGUUAUGGCGCUCAAGGCCUACGCUUUUGCCCUAGCAAUGUUACCUGAGGCCGAGGCAGUUCUCCAGAAGCUGCUCGCACAAGCCGUUGUGACCAAGAACUCGACCUACUGGGUGCUGCCCAAGGGACCAGGCAAAACUGAAGCCGUAGCGGUGGAGACAGCUGGCUACGCUCUCAUGGCCAUGAUGACACUCCAGCCUAAACUAUACCAGCAGCAGGCAAACAAGGUGGUCAAGUGGAUCACGGCACAGCGGAACGGUCAAGGUGGCUUCCACUCCACACAGGACACGGUGGUGGCACUGCAGGCUCUGGCCCUGUAUGAGACCCACUUUUACCAGGGAGCCUUGAAGGUGGUGGCAACAGUGACAGCCACCGGCCUGACCCAUCCCUUCACUGUCACGGACGACAACAAGCUCCUGCAGCAGCUGGUGAAGCUGCCCACGCUCCCCACACCUGUCUCUGUCACCAUGGACGGUCAGGGGUGCGCCGUACUGCAGGCGGUUCUUCGAUACAACAUUCCUGAGGCCGAGGCAAGUGACGCCUUCGACAUGACGGUGAACACCAUCACAGUACCGGAUAACAAGUGUAUCACCAAACGCAUCACUGUGUGCGCUUCCUAUCGCCUCCCCGACGGCAAGUCUAACAUGGCUGUUAUUGAUGUGGAUCUUAUCUCCGGUUACAUCCCAGAGAAAGAUGAUCUGAAGAAACUUGUUAAGGAUGAAGUCAAUAUAAAGCGAUAUGAUGUGGAUGGCAGCAAGGUUGCUUUCUACAUUGAAGAAUUAUCUGCUAAUGACACUUGUGUAAACUUCCGUGUGAUAAGAAACAUUGAGGUGGAGAAUGUUAAGCCCGGCUCAGUACGUCUCUAUGAUUACUAUCAGCCAGAGUUCCAAAUUUCUAAGAGCUACACGCUUCCUCCUGCAUCUGAGUGCCGCUAGACCAUCCAGUUCUGAUGGUGUUCUUAAUCAACUCAUAAUCUGAUACUAGGAUCAAUUGCUUGUUCUGAGGUCACACCUGGUGCUAGGAUCAGUAGUUAGUGCUGGGAUGACAAUUCAAGCUGGUAUUAUUAGUUUGUCCUCAAUUAUUAUAGCAUUAUUAUAGAUGCUGUGUUCACAGCUGAAAUUUCUGGUAGAUGACAAAGUUUCAAAAUUCUGUAUAACUCAAGUUCUCAACAUUACCACUUAAACAGUCAUGGGAAAGAUAAAACCUUCACGCAAAAUCCAAUGUCAUUAAGGAGAGCUUAUCAGUCAAUGGUUACAUCUGACUUCAUUAAAGUAUUAUACCCAUUACAUUUUUAUUAAUUGUAUGAUAUGUAUUUGUUUAUUUCAGUUGUCUUUUAUUAUUUGCUAGAGUAUAUAUAUAUUUGGUGUUUGUAAAACAAAAUUCAAUAAAAAUAUCAUUCGUAAA